AAUAAAUCUUCCAAUAUUAAUGCUUCUGUUUCUUUCUUUGUUUUGCAUUAUUACAGCAGUAUAAAACUGGAAAUCUCUUUGGCUGAAUGGAUUUGAAAAGUAACUCUUUGCUGUUAACAAAAAAAAGUGUCAACCACAUCAAAAUGAAGCAAGUGCCAGAGAUCCUUGGAAGUCCUACAGGGAAAACACAGAACUGUGAAUUGAAUCGUGAAUGUUCUGUCUACCUGUCCAAAACACAUCUUUCUGCCACACUACAGGAGGAUGUCAUGUCAAAGUAUAAUGGCCAUGAUGCUCUCCCAUUUAUCCCAGCAGAGAAGCUGAAAGAUCUCACUUCUCGUGUGUUUAAUGGAGAAUCUGGAACACAAGAUACCAAGCUGCAUUUUGACUCUCAGGAUAUAAAAGAAUCUGAAACGCCACCUAACACUACUCCUGCUAAGAACGGCUCUCCAGAGAUUAAACUGAAAAUCACUAAAACUUACAUGAAUGGAAAACCUCUCUUUGAAUCUUCAAUUUGUGGUGACAAUGGAAUAGCUGUAUCUCAAGCAGAGGACAAUGAGGAAAAACCAGCAAAUAAAGAGAGGAGAAAUAGAAAAAGAAGCAUCAAAUAUGAUUCCCUACUUGAACAGGGUUUUGUUGAAGCAGCAUUCGUGCCAGAUACAUCUAGUCCCUCUGAUGAGAAGGUUCCUGCUAAAGAAGAUUCUUCUUUGCUUACUGGAAAAGAUGACAAAACUCAUGCAUUGAAAUACAAUGUAGGAGACUUGGUAUGGUCCAAAGUGUCUGGCUAUCCAUGGUGGCCCUGUAUUAUUUCAACUGAUCCUCUUCUUCAUAGCUUCACAAAACUAAAUGGACGAAAGAAAAGUUUUCGCCAAUAUCAUGUACAGUUCUUUGGAGAUGCCCCAGAACGAGCUUGGGUAUUUGAGAAAAGUCUUGUGCCAUUCAAAGGAGAAGAACAAUUUGAGCAAUUGUGCCAGGAAAGUGCAAAGCAUUCCCUUACCAAAGCAGAGAAAAUAAAGAUGUUGAAACCUGUUUCAGGAAAACUACGCCCCCAGUGGGAAAUGGGUGUCAAACAAGCAAAAGAUGCAUUAUCCUUGAGAGUGGAAGAACGGAAAGCCAAGUAUAAUUUCAUUUAUGUUAGGGGCAGACCUCUUCUUAAUCCUCAAGUAGCAAAGGAAGCAGGUCUUGUUGUUAAAUCUUUGGAGGAAAUGGAUAAAAUUUACACAGAUGAAGACAUUUCUCAGACUCUGAAAUCAAGUAAAGAAUAUGAUGUUCCUGCCAAGAGGAGGAGGAGAACAAAAUUGCUUGCAAUGGAUGAAUCUCAAGAAAGCAUCAAACCUGUAAAGAAUUCAACUCCUGAAAAAGUCCUUGAAGACAGAGAAGCCAAAAGAGGCACAGUGUCACCUGUCAGUAGAAAAAAGGCUGUUGCAUAUACUCCACGAAACAGAAAGGGAGAUGCAGUUUCUCAGUUCUUGGUGUUCUGUCAGAAGCACAGAGAUGAGGUGAUUGCUGAACAUCCAGAUGCCUCCAGCGAUGAAAUUGAAGAGCUGCUGGAAUCACAGUGGAACAUGCUUAGUGAAAAACAGAAAGCACGCUAUAACACAAAAUUUGCCAUAGUGACCUCUCCCAAAUCUGAAGAAGACACUGGUUCGUCACAGAAGAGUAUGGGAGAGGCGAAACGUAAAGUUUUUCAAGAAUCACCUAAAAGGAGAUCAAGAUCCAGAAGUAACUUACAUGGAAAUAAAAGGAAACCAAUAAAGAGGACAAAGAAACCCACAGAAGAUUUUGAAGUUCAGGAAGCACCUAGGAAAAGGCUCAGGAUGGAUAAAAAGAAUUAUCAGAAGAGGGAGACAAGCAAUGACAAAACAGCAAAAACAAACUCUUCUAAGGUCACAGAAACCUCUUCUUCACAAAAGAACCAGUCAGGUCUGUCAGAUGCAUGUAAACCACUGAAGAAGCGAAAUCGGGCUUCAGCUGCAGAAUCUUCACAUCUUGCUUAUAGCAAAAGUUCAUCUCCUUCAGCUUCCUUUACAGAGAAUGAGAUUUCAGAUGGUCAAGGAGAUGAGCGGUCAGAGUCGCCCUAUGAAAGUGCAGAUGAGGGUCUAGUAGAAGCAUUGCAGUCAUCCAAAAAGUCUGACCGAGGAGCUGCAGCAAGAAAGGAAUAUGUUUGUCAGCUCUGUGAAAAGCCUGGGGACUUGUUGCUUUGUGAAGGACGGUGUUUUGGUGCUUUUCAUGCAAGCUGCACUGGAAUCUCUCGAAAGCCCUCUGGACACUUUAUUUGUAGCGAAUGCUCUUCAGGUGUUCACACAUGUUUUGUGUGUAAAGAGAAAAAGUCAGAAGUGAAACGCUGCAUAGUAUCUCACUGUGGGAAAUUUUACCAUGAAGCUUGUUUGAAAAAAUUCCGCAUGACAGUUUUUGAGAACAGGGGCUUUCGAUGCCCUCUCCACAGUUGUGUGAGCUGUCAUGUUACUAAUCCUUCAAAUCCCAAAGUAUCCAAAGGCAAGAUGGUGCGAUGUGUUCGCUGUCCUGUUGCUUAUCAUGGUGGUGAUGGUUGUGUUGCCGCAGGGUGUGCAGUGAUCACUUCCAGCAGUAUUGUUUGUACCGAUCACUUCACUGCCACUAAAGGGAAGAGCCAUCAUGCACAUGUCAAUGUAAGCUGGUGUUUUGUGUGCUCAAAAGGUGGAAGCCUUUUAUGUUGUGAGUCUUGUCCUGCAGCAUUUCACCCAGAUUGUUUAAACAUUGAAAUGCCAGACGGAAGUUGGUAUUGCAACGACUGUAAAGCGGGAAAGAAAAUCCAUUUUCAGGAUAUUAUUUGGGUGAAACUGGGAAAUUACAGGUGGUGGCCUGCAGAAGUCUGCCAUCCAAAAAAUGUUCCCCCAAAUAUCCAGAAAAUGAAGCAUGAGAUUGGAGAGUUUCCUGUGUUUUUCUUUGGCUCUAAAGAUUAUUAUUGGACACAUCAGGCUCGUGUUUUUCCCUAUAUGGAAGGAGACCGAGGAAGUCGAUAUCAAGGAAUUAAAGGAAUUGGAAAAGUCUUUAAAAAUGCUUUACAAGAUGCUGAAGCACGUUUUCGAGAAAUAAAGUUUCAGCGGGAAGCCAAAGAAACUCAAGAAAAUGAACGCAAACCACCCCCUUACAAACAUAUCAAGGUAAAUAAACCCUUUGGAAAGGUUCAGAUUUACACUGCUGACAUUUCUGAAAUCCCCAAAUGCAACUGCAAACCGUCUGAUGAAAACCCCUGUGGAUUUGAUUCUGAAUGUCUGAAUCGGAUGUUAAUGUAUGAAUGUCAUCCACAAGUGUGUCCGGCUGGAGAGCGCUGCCUAAACCAAUGCUUUACCAAACGCCAAUACCCCGAGACAAAGAUCAUCAAGACUGAUGGCAAGGGAUGGGGCUUGGUUGCAAAGAGGGACAUUAAAAAGGGUGAGUUCGUGAAUGAGUAUGUUGGUGAGUUAAUUGAUGAAGAAGAAUGUAUGGCAAGAAUCAAAUAUGCUCAUGAAAAUGACAUCACACACUUUUAUAUGCUUACUAUUGAUAAGGACCGCAUAAUUGAUGCUGGACCCAAAGGAAACUAUUCUCGGUUUAUGAAUCACAGCUGUCAACCAAAUUGUGAGACUCUGAAAUGGACGGUACAUGGUGACACCCGCGUAGGACUGUUUGCUGUGUGCGAUAUUCCUGCAGGGACAGAAUUGACUUUCAAUUACAAUCUUGACUGUCUGGGCAAUGAAAAAACUGUGUGUAAAUGUGGUGCUCCCAACUGUAGUGGUUUUCUUGGCGACAGACCAAAGAAUUCAUCCUCUAAUGCUUCAGAGGAGAAAGGAAAGAAAACCAAAAGAAGAGCAAGGAGACGUAAAACAAAGAAUGAAGCAAGAAAAAAAUCUGAAGAUUACUGUUUUCGCUGUGGUGAUGGAGGCCAACUUGUAUUAUGUGACAGAAAAUCUUGUACAAAGGCAUACCAUCUCUCUUGCCUUGGUUUGGUAAAGCGUCCUUUUGGAAAAUGGGAAUGCCCCUGGCACCACUGCGAUGUUUGUGGCAAACCUUCUGUUUCUUUUUGCCACUUCUGUCCAAACUCUUUUUGCAAGGAUCAUCAAGAUGAAACAGUGCUUGAUUCUAACUUAAGUGGACAGCUGUUCUGCUCAGACCAUAUUGGAGAGAACUUCACUGGGAAAAAAGCGAAGAGACCCCCUAGAAAACUGUCGACACUGAAGUGUAAGAGAAGGCAAAGAAACAAAUGGAAGAAGACGGAGUAUAAAUAGCAACGAACUGCAGUUCCUGCUGCCAGUGCUGUCUUGUAGAUAUGUUGUGAAUAGCGUCAGGGAAGGACACAUUUUACAUAUAUUGUGCAAGAAUUGGGUUUGGGGCAAAUCAUUUUUAAUCCACUGAGCCAAUUGCAGCAGGGCGUUCUGCUGUAUCUGCACUGAUCAUGAACUGUGGCAUGCCGAGUUCAGACACUUUCAGGACAAGCCAGGUUUACUCUUCAGCAAUAAUGACAACACUUGAACUGUUAGAAUUGAGACAGUUCUUUACAGUAUUUCUCUAGUUGGAGAUAGGUUGUUUUCCAACCAAUUAAAAGGUAUAUACACAUAGCUUUUGAAAAAGUAGUCACCACUCAACAAGUGUUUAAAUAGUACUUAGGUUUUUAAAGCUAAAUGUUGUGGGAAGAGCUUGCCUGCCUUGCCUGCAUUAAGUUAGGUGCAUGGAUAUCAUGCUGUUUGGAGGCACAGAACUCAGUAUCAUGGCCACAUGCAUUCAACUUGGCCCUUUUCAUAGGAUGGAUGUCUGGUUUGCUUUGGAUUCCUUUUGUUUGAUGGUAAUGACAUUCUACCAAGGAAAAGGAGCAUGAAAGAAAGAGACCUCAUGUGCUAAUCUAUGGCAAGAUCUAAAAGAACCCUGUCUCCUGUUUAGUUUUAAAUAAGUCCACACUUAAAUUGAUAUUAAAAUCUGUG